AUGAAGCGUUCAGCCUCGGCAAGCGGCAGCAAAGCUGCCCCUAGAACCAAGAAGGCUCGUCCCGAGGUACCCGACUAUCAUCUCACACCAUCGCGGAAAGACGAUGCCGGAGAGAUUGUCUGGCCAGCUCCAAAGGAUCAGAUCGAAGAGGCAAAAGACUUCAUACGGGAAUGCGCCGGUGCCGGCAAACGGACAUUGAUUGUCCCCGACAAGGACGCCGACGGCCUCUCGUCCGGCGCCAUUCUCCAGCGGACGUUGAUUCUCCUCGGACUCAAACCUGACCUCAUCUCCGUCCAUCUGUUGCAGAAGGGCAACAACAUCCACACCGAAAGCGAGCGCCAGGCAAUGGCCGACCUUGCUCCCGAGUACAUCUUCAUCUUGGACCAGGGGUCGCGAAAGGCCCCGCCGGUCAUCGACAAGCCGCACAAGGCUUUGGUGAUUGACCACCACUUUGCAGAAGAGGACGACUUUCCCGAGGGCUCGAAGCAUGUCACAGCAUGCAACUCGCCGCCGGUGGCAACAAGCUCGCUGCUUACUUACCACCUCUGUUGCGCAGUCCACGAAGACGUGGCGCAGGCCUGUGCCUGGCUGUGCGUCGUGGGCACCCAUGGCGAUCUGGGCACGUCGUUGAAGUGGGAGCCGCCUUUUCCCGACAUGCGCGCCACGUUCAAGACGUACACCAAGAAAGCGUUGAACGAGGCCGUGUCCCUGAUAAACGCGCCACGCAGGGCAGCCUCUUUCGCGGUGCCGGUGGCGUGGGCGGCGUUGAGUGAGGCGAACGCACCGGCUGACCUGGCGAAUAAUAAGGACCUCCUCGCAGCACGCGAAGAAGUCAGGGAUGAAGUUGAGCGAUGCACGCAUACUGCUCCCAAGUUUAGCGCGGACGCAAAGAUUGCCGUUUUCCGUAUUAGCUCGGAGGCUCAGGUACAUCCACUCAUUGCCACGCGGUGGGCUAGCCAUCUUUCAUCUUCCAAGCUUGAGGUCGUGCUCGUUGCCAAUGAGGGGUACCUACCGGGGCUUGUGAACUUUUCGUGUCGUAUACCGCGGAGUGCGCGUGCACGGGAUCCGCCAGUCAACAUCAUUGAAGUUUUGAAGGAAGUGGCAAAUCGAGCGGCCGACCCGACCCUGCGCGCAAGAUUGGGAGAGUCUUUUGCACGUGGACACAAGGAGGCAAGCGGAGGGAUUGUCGGGGUUCAAGAGUUUGAGGAGUUGAUGGCGUGUCUAGGGGUGGGUGGGAGUGGGAGCCCUGAAGCCGAAUCUCCGAGGAAGAAGAAGAAAGAAGACAAACCGGCUCAAUCAAAUACGCUGAUGAAUUACUUUGGGAAGGAAAAUGGCUCAAACCCGGCCUCAUAG